CAACAACAACAGAACUCCUUAUUUAUUUUAAUCAGCUUGUCUAUUGAUUUCCCACUCUGCUCCUCAGCAAGAACUGACUACAGAGUAGCUGUAAAAUCUAAAUACCAAUUUAGAGUCCAACGGCAUGAUCAGCAUGAUUAUCGACUACAGUUGAAGUAGCAGAUUCGCUGAAGCUGCAAACUGAACGUUUCGAUCAACAUCAACAACCACAUUUUCUACGACACCUAUAACACCGUGCUGUGUCUCGAGGCAGUGUACUGUAGGGUGGUAGGGGUCCACGAGUUCAUGGUGAACGAAUAAAGACGUUGGACCACGUGUACCCAACUGGUUCUAUUAAGUUGCUGCCCAGCACAUGGUCAAAUGAGCAUUCGGAUGGAUAUAUCUUUGAUGAAAUAGACACAGAAGCAGAACAAGUCAAUAUUGAUCCAGGGAAGUAGUUUAAAACAACACUCCAUCGAGGACUCACGACAUCAGACACAAAUCACAAUGUUUCUUCCACCUUCAAAUAUCCACUAUAUACAGACUGCUGGCAAAAACAAUCUUAUGGACCAGGCCAUGAAUCAGGAGAUUCUUGAAAUUCAUUCCAAGAAAAUAUUAGAAAAUGGAGAUUUUCCAAAAAUACAAGUAGUAGAGAAAGGAGGACACUGGUUUGCUUUAAACAAUAGUCAACUGGAGUUAUGUAGGAAACUAGAAAAGGAAGGCAAAUGCUCGAAAGUUAAGAUUGACAUUCUUCCACUGAAUCAGAUACCCAUUGAUAUUGCCAAAAUGAUGAUAGUGACAGAUGAUAUUGAACCCCAAUAUGAAAAGGGAUCUUCAAACAAAGGCUACCAUAAGUUAGAUCAGGCAGAUGGCGACACACUUCAAGUGAAGUCUGACUCAACCAGUGCCACCAGCGAGGAGGAAUGUGAGACUUACGGCACAAGUAGUCACUCUGAUGUAGAAACCGACAGCGAGUGUGAUUGGAGUGUGGAUGGCUUGGAUGACGAGAUCAGUGAUGCAGAGAGUGAGGCAUCAGAUAGUGACACAGACACAGAUGAAGAAAGAUCAAGUGGUGAUGAAAGGGAGUCAUUAUUGUAACAGACAAUACAGGUCCAAUUGAAGAAACUGUAAAAAUUGUCACGUGUACAUCCAAGUCUCGUGAUUUUGGAUGGGAUGUAUACACUUCCCCCGGGGCACUUCCUACAAUUUGCCUUAAACAUGACGUAAGAUCGUUUUGAAGGAAUGCUAUUAAAAAUCCACCGUAAUUAUGAUAGCAACAGUCAAUUCUCAUAUUAGCAUAAUUGCAAUAUAUGAAUAGAAUAUUCAAAUGAAUGAGAUAUAUUUGCGCCUUCAACAUGAUAUUCUAAUGAACAUCCAUAGCAACGGCUGACAUUCUUUUCAUAACGAGGCGCGGCCAUUUUGAUCUGAUACUCGUCAUAUCUUUCCGUUCCACUGGAAACAUACUCUGAUAAUUUAAGACAUAGUCAUUGAUAUCAGCUCAUCUGAUGUUGAUGUAUUAUAUAAAAGGCAUUGUGUUCCAUUCUCACUUCAAUUAGAUGUUAUGUGAUACAAUCUUAACAAGUUUGAUGACCCCUAUGUACAUAAAUGAAACAUAAGUGAAGAUGAAUGAUCUCCAAACACCUCAAAUCUCUUGGUACAUCAAAUCAAACCCUUAGUAGCAUAAUGGCAUCGCAUGGCCAUGAUGAGGCUAUGCGU